AUGGCCAUUUCAUGGAAGUCGUUUGACUUCUUCGAUGUCGCCCAAAUCACGCUCGCCGAAGACGAAACCCGACAGCUCUUCGAAAGCAACGAGAUCUCGAGCGUUUGCGCAGGUUCCGAUAGCCUCUUCCUUGGAUCGUUUGAUGGAUAUGUCAGCAUAAUAAACAAGUCAUGGAAGAUCGUCAAGCGCUUCCAGGCUUACGAGGCUGGGAGCAUCACGCAUAUGCGCCAAGUUGAGGGGACGAGUCUCUUGUUAACGGUUGCGGAGGAUAUGAGCAGUGAACCUGUUCUCAAGGUGUGGGCGCUUGAUAAACUUGCUAAGAAGACCAACACACCGACAUGUCUGAGCACGGUGACGAUCAGCAACAACCGGCGACAAUUUCCCAAGAUAUCUGCGUUCGCGGCUACGGAUGAUCUUACACAGAUUGCAGUGGGAUUUACGAAUGGCGCAGUCACCGUAAUUCGGGGCGAGUUGGUACACGAUCUUGGCACCAAACAGCGCAUCGUUUUCGAAUCAGAAGAGCCAGUCACCGGCGUUGAGUUAGCUUGGGAUGCGAUACAGAAGCUCACCACGUUAUUUGUCUCCACAACCUCACGGAUUCUCAAGCUAGGCCUUUCGAAGAAGGGACAUGGGAUGCCGCCUAAGACCGUAGAGGAUAGUGGAUGUGCAGUUGGUUGCAUGACGCGUGACCUAAACACAGAUGGUGUUAUCGUUGCCCGAGACGAUGCCAUUUACACUUAUACUCAGGAUGGUCGUGGGCCGCCCAAAGCGUAUGAGUCCCCCAAGAGCAAGAUCGAUGUUUAUCGCGAAUAUGUUGCUCUUGCUUGUCCGCCAGCAAGCAGUACGGCGAAAGAUUCCGAGGCUAUGAGAAGACGAUUUGGCAGUACGACUACUAAUUCUUUGUUCAAUGCGUCGUCUUUCGUGCUGUUGGAUAUGGACCUUCGGGUUAUUGGUCAUACUGAGACGUUGAUGUCUCCGGUGGGACAUUUUGUUGAUAUCUGGGGUGACUUUUAUACGAUCCUUCAAGAUGGCAAGAUUUAUCGAUACCAUGAGAAGAGCUUGCAGCAAAGGCUGGAAAUGUUGUACCAGAGGAACAUGUUUCCCCUAGCUAUCGAGCUUGCGCAGAAGUCCGGAAUGGAUAAUGAGCAGCAAAGUCUUAUCUACCGCCGCUUCGGUGAUCACCUUUACCAGAAGGCUGAUUAUGACGGCGCUAUGGUCCAGUAUAUUCGAGCGAUUGAUACCACUGAGCCAUCCCAGGUUAUCCGCAAAUACCUCGACACACAACGCAUUCAUAACUUGAUUCAAUAUCUGGAGCAGCUCCAUGAGCAUCGAAAAGCAACCGCCGAUCAUACCACCCUUCUUCUUAACUGUUAUGCGAAGCUCAAAGAUAUCAACAAGCUUGAAAAGUUUAUCAAGUCUCCUGGGGAUCUGAAGUUCGACCUCGAUACGGCAAUUGCCAUGUGUCGCCAAGGCGGAUACUACGAGCAGGCCGCGUACCUUGCCAAGAAGCACGGUGAAACCGAUCUGGUGGUGGAUAUUUUGAUAGAGGAUUCCAAGAACUAUGCGGAGGCCCUCGACUUCGUCUGGCGCCAAGAUCCUGAUAUCGCGUAUCCUUGUUUACAGAAGUAUGCACGAGUGUUGAUCGAGAAUUGUCCCCAAGAUGCUACAAAACUGUUCGUGGACUACUAUACUGGCAACUAUAGGCCCCGACGUACCAUGACAAUACAGCAUGACGUCGACACACCUACCAGUGGCGGCUUUGCAGCUGGAGCCGCAAGCGCUGUCCAGAACCUUUCCAAUCUUCUUCCCCUGCCUUACAUGAAUACAUCCUCGAUCGCAUCUCCUGGUACUGUCGGGAAUACCAAGGCUGUGGUGAGCGACGGCAGCAUUGUCGUGGAUAACGACGAUAUUCCUGUGCCAAAAUACACCCCUCCUCCACCAAGAACAGCGUUUUCAUCAUUCAUCGAUCAUCCUGAUGAGUUCAUCGUUUUCCUCGAAGCUUGUCUCGAGGAGAAGGACCUUAAAUCAAGCGACCGCACAGACUUAUAUACUACUCUCUUUGAGAUGUACUUGCACAAGGCGAAUGAAAAGAAGGGGCAGCAUCAUAAGGAGGAAUGGGAGACAAAGGCGAAGAAGCUUAUUGAAGGCGAACACGUCCCCAUGGAGAGCUCGAACGUUUUACUUCUAUCGCAUCUUUCGAACUUUCAUGAUGGAACAGUCCUUGUCAAGGAGCAAGCGAAACUCCUUUUCGACAUUUUUAGAUCUUACACAUCAGCCAAGGAUACCCGAGGUGCCAUGAAAGCUCUGAGGAAAUAUGGCCCCGAGGAACCGCAAUUAUACCCUGCCGCACUGGCAUAUCUUACUUCAGACCCGAAAGUGCUGGAGGAGGCUGGUCCAGAUGAGCUGGCUAACGUACUAAACAAGAUUGACAGGGAUGGCCUCAUGGCGCCUCUGCAAGUUAUCCAGACUCUUGUUGGCCAGUCUUCAGGGGGUGGUGUCGCUACCAUGGGCAUGAUCAAGCCAUACCUGCACGAUACGAUCACGAGAGAGCGCAGGGAAAUUGCCUCCAACCGAAGCCGAAUCAACACACUCCGAGAAGAUACAGAAAAGCGCCGUGAUGAGCUUGCAGACUUGGGAUCUAAGCCGGCUGUGUUCCAGGCGACGUGGUGUUCCGACUGCAGUCAACGAUUGGACUUGCCUGCCGUUCAUUUCCUUUGCAAGCAUAGCUUCCAUCAGCGUUGUGUGCGAAACGGCGGUAACGACAGUGAUGCAGAGUGUCCCAAGUGUGCACCUGAGAACGACAUGAUUCGCAAGAUGCGCGAAGGACAGCGCGAGAGGGCAGGCAAGCAUGAUUUGUUCAAGAGUGAUCUGGAGAACAGCGAGGAUCGUUUCAGUACAUUGGCGGAAUGGUUCUCACGAGGCGUCAUGGACGCGCCGAGUGCUGAGUAA